AUGUCGUUUGGGUUGUGCAAUGCUCCCGCCACUUUCCAACGUUGUAUGAUGGUGAUUUUUUCAGAUAUGGUGGAAAAGUCUCUUGAAGUCUUCAUGGAUGGUUUUUCAGUAUUUGGUGAGUCCUUUGAAACUUGUUUGGCUAACUUGGAACAAGUCUUGUCUAGAUGUGAAGAAACAAACUUGGAGUGUCAAGAAGCAUUUGUGACUUUGAAGAAAGCUCUUAUCACCGCACCCAUCAUUGUAGCUCCAUAUUGGUCUCUUCCCUUUGAAUUGAUGUGUGAUGCUAGUGACUUUGCUAUGGGUGUCGUGCUUGGGCAACGAAAAGAGAAGGUGUUUCAUUCCAUUUAUUAUGCAAGCAAGACAUUAGCCGAUGCUCAAUUGAACUAUACCACCACCGAGAAAGAACUUUUGGCGGUGGUGUUUGCUUUUGACAAGUUUAGAGCUUAUCUUGUGGGGACUAAAGUUGUGGUUUACACAGAUCAUUCAACGAUCAAGUAUCUAAUAGCCAAGUAUGAUGCUAAGCCAAGACUUAUUCCAUGGGUGUUGCUUCUUCAAGAAUUUGACUUGGAAAUUCGGGAUAGAAAAGGAACAGAGAACCAAGUGGCUGACCACUUAUCUAGACUUGAGACUGGUAGUGAAAAGCAAGGUGAAGGGCCUAUUAAAGAGACAUUCCCCGAUGAGACAGCAGCUAAGGUUUUUCAAUCGGGGUACUAUUGGCCUUCUAUCUUCAAGGAUGCUCAUGACUUUGCUAAAAUAUGUGAUCGAUGCCAACAUGUGCGAUAUAUUUCAGCAAGGAGUGAAAUAUCUUUGACUUGCAUCCUUGAAGUGGAAUUGCUCGAUGUUUGGGGAAUCGAUUUCAUGGGGCCAUUUCGACUGUCAUUUAGAAAUUUAUAUAUCUUGGUGGCUGUUGACUAUGUCUCUAAGUGGGUUGAAGUAGUGGCAAGUCCUACUAAUGAUUCUAAGUGUGAAAACAAGAUUGCUAUAACCUACCACUCUCAAACAAAUGGUCAAGCUGAAAUAUCCAAUAGGGAGAUUAAGGGAAUCCUAGAGAAAGUGGUGAAUCAUAGUAGAAAUGAUUGGUCUCAGCGAUUGGAUGAUGCUCUUUGGGCCUAUAGAAUGGCUUUCAAAAUCCCUUUGGGAAUGUCAUCGUAUCAUUUGGUUUUUGGGAAAGCUUGCCAUUUGCCCAUUGAGUUGGAGCAUAAGGCAUAUUGGGCCACUAAGAAGUUUAAUAUGGAUCUCCAAGCUGCUGGAGAAGCUCAAAAGUUACAAUUAAAUGAGCUGGAAGAGAUGAGGUUUUUCUCCUAUGAAAAUGCUAAGUUGUACAAGGAGAAAACUAAGAGGUGGCAUGACUAG